AUGCAGGUGCGCUUAUUGCUCCUCGUCUACGUUGCUUUGGCGACUCUUGCCGCAGCAUGUCCGUCGCUCCUCAACCACUCAGCUCCGCAAAUCGUCGACCACCCGCAUCUAAACAGGAUGCUCGGCCGUCGCUGGACCGAGUUCGUUACUGAUCUCCAGAGCUGCGUGACACGUUGGCCGCGUGGGCAGGACCGCUAUACCCGAAUAUACUACUGCUAUGCUACGGUCGAGCACAAGAAUCAGCUCAAGGACCUUAUCUCAGCAGCUUUGGCACUCUGGGCGAAUGCUCUCGGUCCAGCAGGGGCAAAUUCACAACACAGUCUUCUCGUCGUGGAACACCCGCUGCACUUUUGCUACACCCGGCGCAACCCGAACGACCAAAAUUCUCCAUUCGUCUGGAAUCAGAACAUCCCGGAAGAGACAUUGUUGAUUCAGGUCGAUGCAAGCACGGGGUCUGCCACUUCGCACCCAGGAUUCUCCAAUGGCCGCCAAGAGACUCACUUUGGGUUACCGACUGCUGGACGGCACUUCAUGAAGGUUAAUCCCAAUUUGAUCAAUAUGUUCAGAAAUAACCCACAUAGAGGCAUGGAGACUGCUAGGGCAUCUAUUGCUCAUGAGUUUGGUCAUGUCUUCGGGCUUGAACAUGAGCAUGCACGCGAAGACCGCGACCGAUACGUCUUUUUUGACUGCACCGGCUUGGAGGGAUACCCAGAGGCUAAAGCGAGACUACAAGCAGAGCAACAAGCAGGAAGAACCCAAGAUAAGAUGUCACAAGUCUGCUACUUCCCUGACGUGGCUAAGAAGUACGGUUUCGGUCGGAUCGAGAAUUACAGCAAACCUAAUACCUUUCGUAUCAGAGGCGGCGUGUCAUUUGAAUUGCGCCGUCGCCAUGGAUUCGAAUAUGAUGUCCAUUCCAUUAUGCAUUAUGGAUCAUCCAUGGGGGCACGUUACUGGAAUCCAAACGAUCUUGCUAACGCCAAAGUCCCCCUUCGACGAUGGAGGAACGGUGGGCCAAAUUUCCAACCGCCAAAGCAGGCUACGAAUCAGAAUUCGGAGCUUAUUCGCACCAACGAGCGUCCUUCCAAUCUAGAUGUCGAGAUCCUUAGAAUACUUUACCCUUCGUAG